AUGUGUGCGGACUGUCCAGUGGAGCUACAGGUGAAGCGUCCUCUGAUGCCCAUCCAGCUUAGCCCGGAGCAGGUUGGGUUGGAGAUGCUGUGCCUGUGCGGGCAGCUGGACCUCCUGAUCAGGGCGCAGACUCAGCAGUUCCAGGAUCAGUUGGAGAGCGGUUGUAGUCCUGAGGAAUCAGACACUUUUCAGCUUCAAGGAUCAGAUAUUCUUGAUCAGAUGCUGCAGUGCCUUGAACAUCUACCAAAGCCUAUGCCACAGCUGGAGGAUUACUUGGAUUUGAUUGGCCUAUCAGAAAUGUUUCCACGUGUGGAGCUAGUAAUCAGUUCUUUUAGAGGAAUCAAAGUAUUUUCUGAAAUCAAGAAGGAGAUCGAAGCCAACUUCAAACAACUGAAGCAGUCACUGGUGGCGGAGGAAGGCUCCAGGCAUGAACCUCAUCUGUCUGCACAAUAUAUUUCUUGGAUACUGGAAAUGACUCAGAACAUAACGUUGAUGGUGUUGUCGCUGCCGGAGGAGGUGACAGAGGAGCUUGACCCAGCCCUCACGUUCAUGGCCCAGUUCUUGUCCUGA